AUGGCCGCCACCGGGACCGGUUUAAUGAAACUGCCCUCGUUGGGCUCGAGCCCGCUUCACAGACAUGUUCCGAUCAGUGCCGGCGAUUGCCCACCCGACCGCCGCCGAGCUUCGAUUACCGACCCCAGCUUACAUGCUCACUCAUUCUCAACGCUGAGCAUGCCCCCCACCCCGGCCAGCAGUCUCCAGCCACAUGGAAGCCUUGGUGCGCGGAGUACCACCCUGCCUUCGCUGCGGGAAUUCAAUCAGCAUCCCAACCGCGCCGAACCGGAACAGCCUUCACGAACCCUCCAGCUCCCGUGCCAGCCGGCCGAGCACGGCUCAUUCAGCGACCCGGCCGCCCGUCGUCGUGGAAGUGCUGCCGAUCUCGAUAACAUCCUGCUUAACGCCAACUCGCCCGACCACCGCUAUCAUCAUCCCCAUCAGCACCAACAUCCCCCAACUCCUGACUAUCCGUUCCCAUCCACCGCCAAUCCUGCCCAGCCGAUGGCUGAACAGCAGCAAAACAGCCAUCCAGCCCACCCCUCCGAAUUCGGUCCAUCCACCGGGGCACCUACUUCGCCUUCGUUCCACAUGCACCCGCAGAUCUCGAACCCUCCUUUGUCCCCCAGAAGCUUCCCCUCCAACCAUUCCAUCAAUCAGCACCCCGAGCUCAACGCCGUCUCUAUCGGUCCAGUCACCAACAGACGACCCUCCUCCGCCAUGAGACGCAGGGGCUCGCGCGUCAAUGAACUGGAUAACGGCCAAGCGGAAGAUCCGUCUAAACUCCGCUCCUCUCAGGGUUCUGGUGCCAACUCGGGCGGAUCGGAACAUCCUCGUGGCUUUCCGCUUCCAGGCGGGUCACAAUGGCCUUAUCCAAUGGCACACCACCGGCACCAUUUGCACCAAAGACCCUCAAGUCCAAUGAAGCGUCGCCACAGCAGUCAGAGUAUUUCUGAUUCGACUGUCCCGCCUCCGGUCUAUCACAGUUUACCGGUCGACCAAAAUGGACCAGUCGAUCAUCCUUGGAAUUCACCUGGUCUUCAUUCCAAUCAUUCUCCCACGGAGCCAUUGGGGGAAUACACUGUCCCUCCUAGUGGUAAUCGACUUGACGCGCGCAGGCAAUCUGCGACCUCGACUGUCAGCAGUAGCACUGGGACAUGGUUCGAUCGGAGGCAAAGCGGGGAGAGUGGCGGAUGCGAAGGAGCGGAUGACAACCAGAAGUUGAUACCUGAUGAUCCGUUGCGACAUCGAUCUUGGUCAUCAUCCUCUAAUCCACCAUUCUCGCCAAGUCAGACUGCGGUAGCCGCGAGCAUUGGGAAUUACGCGUUUCCGCCAUUGCCACCCGGGGAGUCAGCCGAGGGCCGACCAAGCUAUCGGGCUGGACUUGGUGUGGUAGCUGAUCACGGGGGAUGGAACCUUCCGAAGCCCACCUCAUACGAUGAUCCAGUAGCAGGCCGUCGUGGAUCGGGAGUUGAUGAAGUACGCGAACUCAAAGACAGAUUGGCCGGCACGCGGCUCGACCGUCUGCCGCUUCACUCACGCCCUGUCCAGGAGGAAAGCGACGCUCACCAACAAGAGAUGGACUAUAUCAACCAAGGUAGUAGACUUGGUACAGGCGGGGCCCUCAGUCCCUAUUCUCGCUCGCCAGAAUUGAAGAUCAGUCACAAAUUAGCGGAGCGGAAACGAAGAAAGGAAAUGAGAGACUUGUUUGACGAAUUAAGAGAAGUCUUACCCGCCACAGACGAAAGGCAUUCGAAGGGAAGCAAAUGGGAAACCUUAAGCCGAGCGGUGGAUUACAUGCAACAAAUUCGACUCGAAAACGAAAGGUUGAAAGCAGACAAUUUACAGUUGCAAGGUAGACUUAACUCGCUCAAUGGCGCUCGCGUAAACGGAACGGAGCAAGAUCCAAAUCAGCCUCGAUUUUCUAAUCAUGAUGGCCAUGGUGGAUUCGGCUAA